AAACUUCUCCAUAUCCACCUCCAACACUAUCUUCCUCAUAGUCCUCCCCAAUUGUCUUCCAUCAAGCCUUCCAAGAUUUUCACAUUCUUCGAAACGCAUGUCAUCGGUGCUACCUACGCAAGCCUCCAGACGCGCGUAAACAAGGCGAGACGAUAUCGGAGGCUUGGCCUGGCUUCUCAGAUUCUGCCCCUUGGGCAUUCGCUCAAGCGUAAACAUGAAGCUGUCAGAUUGGUGUUGGCGAUUUGGUGCGGCUUAUCUCAUGGGGGCUUGGGAAUGUCAGAGUUGAAACCAGACUAAGUUACGGUCCGCUUCCGCGUUUUCUACGUACAACCUGUAGGCUUACCGCGUCACAUUUUAGGGAAAUGCGUGCAUUCUUUUAUGCUGUAGAACCGGCUUGGAGUUUUGAUCUCUCUUGGUGUAUCAACAACGGCAUGAUUGUCUCCAGCCGUUUUUCUACUCAUGGUAGCACGAUAAGGUAUGAGUAUGUUCUAGUCAAUCAGAAUCAUCAACAAUGUGAAGAAAUGAUGAACUGCUCAAGAGUGAUAUCAAACCACAACAUGAUAGCUUCUUUUUAGACAUUCCUAUUGUUCUACGCCCCAGCACUUGGGGUACUAUCUCUGUCUAUUCAGCGCACAUAUUACAUGUGAUAUUGACUGAAUAUCUGGUUAUUUCGCAUGUGAUGCCUCUUCCAAUCCUUAUCUAUUCGCGCGGGUCCGAGAGAUGGACUCUCGAGGCCUUACCAUACUCCCCGUUCAGCUUUGCUUUGAUCUGGCGACAUGACUGGUAGAAGUCCCUGAGUUUGAAAAGGUGUGUCGAAGGGGAUCGCACACAAGCCAUAAAUUUGAAUACGCAUCUCGACGGCCGAUCUGAGAAAUCAAAGGGUGGGUUUGAUAGGCACUGGAAUACCUGCAAGAAGCUACGACGCAUUGUAUCGCUAUGUGUAUGCUUUCGAGAUAUCGAGGCAUACACGUUGGUACUUGAACAGAGAAGGACCCAAUAAAUCGUUGCGGUCGAACAGCAGUAGAACCGGCGCGUAAGCCUGUCGAAGUCUUGAUCAACAAACGCAAGGAUCAAAUUACUUCCCACAUACAUAGCAUGGAAAAAUCCAAUCCAGAACCCAUCUUGCACUGUUGUUCAGGACUCACAGCCAGCCAUGGUAGCAUGAAGCGACCAAUCAGCAAUCCGAAAACAAACAUCCCACUCAACCUCCCGCGACAGAGCUGUGCCACAUUACAUCGCAUCGCCAUCACAAGCACCUCUCCAUCAUGUAUCGGUCCGUACUUCUGAUUGGAGCCAGCUCAUCCAUGUCGCUAUAGCACCUGCAUCUUGCGCUUUCACUUCCUGUUCCAUCCACACACAUCAGCAGGUGGUGACAGGGCCGCAACUACCCGUCGCCCUACUGUACCUAUCCGGCAAUAACACUAUCUUGCCGGCCAUGUUCAUCCCAACUCAUGACUACAAAUAACAGGGAAUAGCUUCUCGAGACUUCUUUUUUAACUGGGCAUCUUCUUGUUCAGGAAUUCUUCAAGUAACACGAGGGCUAUCGCUGGACGCUAAAUUUAACGACCCGGCCCGACUGAGAUCGUAUGACUGUACGGCUUUUGUGAGCUCUUUUAUUAAACGACAUUGCAAACCAAACAUUGCGGAUAGGCGAAGAAUUCAGCAAUGGUUCGGCUCGAAUAUUCAGUCGACGAGCCUCUCAAUCGCGAGCCAGAGUUAGACAAACUGAUCUCAAGUUUCCUAACUCAACAUGGCCAAGCUUACGACCGGAACCAUGGACCAAUCCCCCAUAUAUCGGCAGACAUUCACCGUGUCGGAAUCUACGGCUUGGUCAAGAAAGAACUCUCCCUCAGCAUAUCAGAUCUGCAGUCACUCCCACAACACACGGUGAUCUGCGCGCUCCAAUGCGCAGGCAACAGGCGUCACACAAUGCGCACUAAACUCAAAGAAGUCUCCGGCAUCGACUGGUUCGAUGGUGCGGUGAUGAAUUGCGCCUGGACGGGCCCGCUGCUCGUCGACGUUCUUGAGAAAGCUGGCGUCGAUGUAUCCGAAGAGAAGAGGCCGGAUGCCCACGUGGCGUUUAGCUGUUUUCAGACACCCACACAGGAGGACGAGUGGUAUGGAGCCAGUAUCCCUCUGUCUCGUGCGCUGGAUCCCAAUGCGUCGAUUUUGCUUGCGCUGGAAAUGAACGGUGGCCCGCUUCCUGCGAACCAUGGGGGGCCAUUACGUGUGGUGACGCCGGGUAUUGCUGGGGCUCGCUCAGUGAAGUGGCUGGAUCGCAUCUCAGUGCAGAUGCAGGAGAGCAACAAUUUUUACCAGAGGCACGAUUACAAGAUCUUACCCCCACAGGCGGAAACAAAGGAAGAGGCGGACCAGUGGUGGGACAAAGUGGAUGCACUGCAGGACAUGCCCGUGAAUUCUGUGAUUGCAAUUCCAUCGCCCGAGACGACCGUUAGCCUCGAUGACGAGGGACUGACCGAAGUUAAAGGGUAUGCGCUGCCUAGUGGGGGUGAUGGCCCUAUUGUGAAAGUGGAAGUGAGCGGAGACGAGGGCAAGACGUGGACCGAGGCGAGCUUGUUGAAGUAUGACGAUUCACAUACAAUGUUCAAAGGGGUGGCGGAGUUGAAGUGGGCGUGGGCUCUGUGGACAGCGAAAGUGCGUGUAGAGAAGGGAAAGGGACGACGGAUCUGGAGCAAGGCGACGGAUCAGAGUGGCAAUACCCAGGAAAAGGAUGUUGAGUGGAACUACAGAGGCGUGGCAUACAAUGGUUACGGGGAAGUGGAUGACUUGGAGAUUGUUUGA